AUGGCUUCGACAGACUCGGACCGCGAGCAGGACAACUUCUCCAGCGUCUCGUGGAGUGAGCAUGCCGACGGCGCCGCCGCCAUGCCGCCACAGCAAACGGGCGAUUCGGAAGUUGGUGCUCCGCCAUCGUCAGGCAAGGUUGCGCUGCCGCACGAUGCCGCGGGCGACGGCCAUGUUCUCGACUGCACAGUCGGAACUCCCAUCAAGGAGAAUGACGGCAGCAAGGAUGCCUUUGUGUCCUACCUGAUAACUACUCACUCUACCUUUCCCUCAUUUCAGAGAGAAGACACCAACGUUAGACGGCGGUUCACCGACUUUGUGUUUCUCUACAAGCAGCUUAUGCGCGACUUCCCGGCCACCGCGGUCCCGCCGCUCCCCGACAAGCAACGAAUGGAAUAUGUUCGCGGCGACAGAUUCGGAAGCGACUUUACGUCCCGCCGCUCACACUCGCUGCAACGGUUCCUCGUGCGGUUAUCGCUGCACCCGGUGCUGCGCCGCGCCCCCAUCCUGCACAACUUCCUCGAGAGCCCCGACUGGAACGCCACGGUGCGCAGCAAGACGACGCGGUCGAGCAUCCAGAGCGACCCCAACGGCUCCAGCGGCGUGUUUGACAACUUUGCAGACACCUUUAUCAACGCCUUCACCAAGGUGCACCGUCCUGACAAGCGCUUCGUCGAAGUCAAGGACCGCAGCGACAAGCUGGACGAGGAUCUGAACCACAUUGAAAAGGUCGUGGCCCGCGUCGUCCGCCGCGAGUCGGAUCUGGAAGCCGACAUGCGCGAUCUCGCGGAGCAGUUUCAGAAGCUCAUCACCCUGGAGCCCGGCGUCGAGCCCUCCGCGCACGCCUUUGCCGUGUCCAUCGAGGACAUGGCCUCCAACCUGCGCACGCUCAAGGACAUUACCGACCAGGACUACCUCGGCUCGCUGCGCGACCUGCAGGCCUACUCCUUUGCGCUCAAGAACCUGCUGCGCGCGCGCGAGCAGAAGCAGCUCGACUUUGAGCAGCUCACCGAGUACCUCAACAAGUCGACGACAGAGCGCGACCAGCUGCAGUCGGGCCACGCGUCCUCGGGCGCCGGCGGCUUCUUCCGCGCCAAGCUCGAGGACGUGCGCGGCGUCGACCACGAGCAGGCCCGCCGCGAGCGCACCCGCAAGCUCGAGCUGCGCGUCGAGGAGCUUACCCACGAGGUCGAGAAUGCGCGCCACACGAGCGACCUCUUUGACGACGAGGUUGUCCGCGAGACGGCCGACUUUGAGCGCAUCAAGCGCAUCGAGAUGAAGAGCCAGCUGGCCGGGCUGGCCGACGCGCACGUCGCGUUCUACGGCUCGGUCAUGGAGACGUGGGAGACGUAUAUACAGGAAAUGGACAAGGAGGGCCUCGUGAAUGCGUGA